CCCAGCUUAGAGGAUUCCAUGGAGAGCUACCAGUGACCUCGCUCCCAGAGAAGAGGUGACAUCACAGAAGGGCCACCGACAUCACUGCUCAGGAGCAGGUACCAUCAACAUUUCCCAGGCAUGGGUCAGACUUCCUCUUCUACACCCCUUCCAAAGGAGGAUCCUGAUUUGACCUCUAGCUGUGUCACAAAUCUUCAGAAUUUCAAGAUGAAAACCAAAAUCCUGUCUCAGGAAUUAAUCACAUUCAUUGAAUCAUCCCUAGAGAAUGGAAACCUCCGGGAAACAGUUUCUGUAGUUUGCAGAGCACUGAGUGACAUCGAGAAAGCCCCACUGAACAUUGCAGUGAUGGGAGAGACUGGGGCUGGAAAAUCCAGUCUCAUCAAUGCUCUACAGGGAGUGGGGCCUGAUGAAGGAGGUGCGGCUGCUUCCACAGGAGUGGUAUAUACAACCACUGAGAGAACACCACACACUUACUCAAAGUUUCCCAGUGUGACACUAUGGGACCUGCCAGGCAUUGGGUCUACUGACUUCCAAUCACAUGAUUAUCUGAAGAAAAUCAAGUUUGAGGAGUAUGACUUCUUCAUCAUUGUCUCCUCUGGACGCUUUAAAAAUAAUGAUGCAGAACUUGCCAAAGCCAUUGUGCAAAUGAAUAGGAGUUUCUAUUUUGUUAGAACACACACAGAUGUUGAUCUAAUGAUUGUAAAACAGAGUAAUCCUAGGAGAUUCGAUAGAGAGAACACAUUAAAGCAGAUUCGAAAUACCAUUUCAAGUAUACUCAAGGAAGUUACCCACCAGGAGCCUCCAGUCUUCUUGGUCUCUACCUUUGAUGUGUCUGACUUUGACUUCCCAGAGCUGGAAUCCACCCUUCUGAGUGAGCUCCCAGCCUACAAAUGCCACAUGUUCAUGCUCACUCUGUCAGUUGUUACAGAUUCCACCAUAGACCAGAAGAGGGAUAUGCUGAAACAAAAGAUCUGGAAGGCAUCCAUAAUGCCAAGAGCAUGGGCUACCAUACCAUUCAGGGGAUUGACCCAAAAUGACAUAGAGAUGUUGGAACAGACUUUGAAUGACUAUAGAUCUUCCUUUGGACUGGAUGAGGCAUCACUAGGAAACAUCGCUGAGGAUUUGAACAUGACACUGGAGGAACUCAAGGCAAGCAAUAAGUCUCCACAUUUUCUCUCAGAUGAGCCAGAAACAUCCUUAACAGAGAAACUGUUGAAGUACAUUCGAAAUCCUUACUUUUCAAAGUUUUUCCACUUGCAAAAUUAUUUCAUUGACAUGGUUUCGAGUGAUGUUAAAGUUAUCCUCAGUAAAGAAGAGCUUUUGACAGAGAAGCAUCCUCCACUGCACACAGCUACAGUCAAGCCUUCUUCCAGCAGACCCUCUCUUUUAACUGCUCAACUUUUGGCAUUUAGCUUUGAAAAUUUUUUUAAGAAUUUCAAGAAGGAAAGCAAAAUCCUCUCUGAAGAAACCAUCACCUUGAUUGAAUCCCAUCUGGAGGAUCAAAAUAUUCAGGGAGCACUGUCUGAAAUUAGUCAUGCUCUGAGAAACAUUGACAAAGCCCCACUGAACAUUGCUGUGACUGGAGAAACAGGAACAGGGAAAUCCAGCUUUAUCAAUGCCCUGAGGGGAGUGAGGGAUGAAGAAGAAGGUGCAGCCAGCACUGGGGUGGUAGAGACAACCAUGAAGAGAACUCCAUACCCACACCCAAAACUCCCCAAUGUAACACUAUGGGACCUGCCUGGCAUUGGGUCCACUACCUUCCCACCACAAAACUAUCUGACAGAAAUGAAGUUUGGUGAGUACGACUUCUUCAUUAUCAUCUCUGCUACACGUUUCAAAGAAAUUGAUGCACAUCUGGCCAAAGCCAUUGCAAAGAUGAACACAAAGUUCUACUUUGUUCGAACCAAGAUAGAUCAAGAUGUCAGUAAUGAACAGAGAAGUAAACCUAAGUCUUUCAAUAGAGAUAGUGUCUUAAAGAAAAUUAGAGAUGACUGUUCAGGGCAUCUUCAGGAGCUUCUCUCCAAUCAGCCUCCAGUCUUCCUAGUCUCUAACUUUGAUGUGUCUGACUUUGACUUCCCAAAGCUGGAGACCACCCUACUCAGUGAGCUCCCGGCCCAUAAACGCCACAUCUUCAUGAUGUCAUUGCACAGUGUUACUGAGACUGCCAUUGACUGCAAGAGGGAUUUCCUCAGACAGAAGAUCUGGCUGGAGGCCCUGAAAGCAGGAGUUUGGGCCACCAUUCCACUUGGGGGCUUCAUCAGAGAUGAAAUGCAAAAGUUGGAGGAGACCUUGAAUCUCUACAAGACAUACUUUGGGCUGGAUGAAGCCUCACUGGGAAAUAUUGCCAAGGAUUUCAAUGUGUCUGUGAAUGAAAUCAAAGCACACCUUAGGUCUCUCCAUUUGUUAACAAGCAACAAAGAUAUAUCCUUCAAGGAAAAACUGUUGAAGUAUAUUGAAUAUAUUUCCUAUGUUACUGGGGGACCACUUGCCUCAGGCCUUUACUUUAGAAAGACUUACUAUUGGAAAAGUCUCUUCAUUGAUACUGUAGCAAGUGAUGCCAAGUCACUCCUUAAUAAGGAAGAGUUUUUAUCAGAGAAGACAGGUUCAUGCAUGUCUGACAUCCCUGCAUACUGGGAAACAGGGAUGGAGCUGUGAGGCACUAACCUUUGGACUGCCUUUGGGCACAGUCUUAAAGCCUACUUUUAAGCAGCAAACAUUUUCUGGGAAAGACUAGAGGAUUCAUGUCUUUCAGAGACAGAAUAUCACUGUGGCGAGUAAAAAGAGUUGUCCGUGGUAUAAGAACUCUCUUCCAUUAAAGUAUCCUGUCUGGAAAUAUAUGGUUGUAUACAUAUGACUUGCUAUAUCUUUGUCUAAUUAAACUGGGAUCAUUUGUCCCAAGGAGAUUUCCCUUCAAUGCCACGCUCUCCUGAGAUAAAGAAGUUGAUACACUGUGUAACCAUUUGUGCUUUUCUGUAUCUGCCUCAGUUGCAGAAUAAUGACACAGAGGUUUGUUUAUGCAGUAACACCUAUCCCUUAGCUAAGCUUGCUCACCAACUAGCUUAUAACUAAAUUAUCCUGUCUAAACUACUUUAUGUCAGAGAUGAGGCUGGUUGCCUAUUCUCACAAGUUCACACACACAAAAAAUUCAGUUCAUAAAUUGAAGUUGAAGUUUACAACAGUGAAUGUUUACAGGCAUAUUCAUUAGGAGUAACUAUCUGGCUAAACAUCUAUCACCUGUCACAGCUCCACAGGUUCACAGAAGGUUAAAAACCAUAACUAAGUUAUUAGUGAAGUUUUGUAUAGAUAAACCCAGUUAAUAUUUUAUCUUCUGCCCUACCACCUAUAAUAAAUCAUUAGUUCAUUUUU